ACAGCUUCCAAGUCAAUCAUGGAGUCUUCGUCGAUAUUUUACUUCAUCUUCUUCCCAAUUUUACAGUCUCCAUCUUUGACCUCUUCUUCUCCCUCUCUCCAUUUUUCCUUUCCCGGAAAAAUCCGUUUGACUUUUCCUCUCUCUCUUAUUCAAUAAACCGUGUGCUUGAACCAACACGCACGCCAUUUCCUCCUCCAUAAGUCUCUCUCUCUCGCUCGAAAUCUUGAUCUGGGUUUUCUCUGAUACACUCUCCUCUCAUCUGGGUUUGUUCUCGUUUGUCCCCAAUCGAUCGGGUUUUGCGAAUCGGAGUCCGCCGCCAUGAACGAUCUCUUCUCCGGUUCCUUCUCCCGCUUCCGCAGCGGCGAACCAUCCCCUCGCCGCGGCGGCGGAGUGCAGAUGACGGAGGCGGUGGGAUCCACCGGCGGCGUGAACCUCGACAAGUUCUUCGAGGACGUUGAAUCGGUGAAGGACGAGUUGAAGGAGCUGGAUCGACUCAACGACACGCUCCAAUCGUGUCACGAGCAGAGCAAGACGCUUCAUAACGCGAAGGCCGUGAAGGAUCUCCGAUCGAAGAUGGACGGCGACGUCGCGGCGGCGCUGAAGAAGGCGAAGAUGAUCAAGGUGAAACUCGAAGCUCUUGAUCGCUCCAAUGCCGCGAAUCGGAGCCUACCCGGUUGCGGACCCGGAUCUUCUUCCGACAGGACUCGGACCUCUGUCGUCAAUGGCCUCAGGAAGAAAUUGAAGGAUUCAAUGGAGAGUUUCAAUCGCUUGAGGGAGAAGAUUUCGUCGGAGUACAGAGAGACCGUGCAGCGGAGGUAUUUCACCGUCACCGGAGAAAACCCCAACGAAGAAACCUUAGAUCGUCUGAUUUCUACAGGAGAGAGCGAGAGAUUCUUGCAGAAAGCGAUUCAAGAACAGGGAAGAGGGAGAAUACUAGACACCAUCAACGAGAUCCAAGAGAGGCACGACGCAGUAAAGGAGAUAGAGAAGAACCUCAAGGAGCUGCACCAGGUGUUCCUGGACAUGGCGGUACUGGUCGAGCACCAGGGAGCUCAGCUCGACGACAUAGAGAGCCACGUGGCCAGAGCCAGCUCCUUCGUCAGGGGAGGGACCGAGCAGCUCCACACAGCUAGGGUUUACCAGAAGAACACGCGCAAAUGGACAUGCUACGCCAUUAUCAUCCUCCUCAUCAUCGUCGUCGUCGUGGUUUUGGCCGUUGUAAAGCCAUGGCAGAGCAAUGGCGGAGGCGGUGGAGGCGGAAGCCAACCGGCUGCAACUCAAGCACCGCCGCCUCCAUCGGCACCGACUCCUCCGACUCAGGCUCGGCGUUUAUUGCGUUGAAGUGAGGCUCAUUGUUUGGAUAUAUGUUUUUUUGUUUGUUUCAACUUCGUCUAUUUUUACAUGUUUUCGAAUGUUUUGGUCUGCUUGUGUACAUUUUUUAGAAUUGUGUUCCCCAUUUGGUUUGAUGCUAAUAUCACCGUUUUAUUUCAUU